AUGUUCUUUUUAAUUUUAGCUUUGGCACAGACCGUGCACAGUGUGUAUGUCGUUUCCCUAUAUGGCGAUGUGUAUAAAGACGUAGAUUUUUUCACUAAAACCUUUCCCUGGGUAGUGGAUAACAUCGGAGGCGAUAUAAGUGUAGACUAUUACCUUCUGGGAAGUGGAAGGUAUUCAGUACCUCAGAUGUGUGCGCUUGAGCAAAUGAAGAGGAACACGUUCUUGCAAGCCCAGUUUUUGAAGUGUGAGGCCGAAGGCACCACCAGCACCAUAUGUUUAUGUGAAUCAGGCAUUGAUCCGCAGAAGUAUCAGCACUGCGUCCUAACAAAAGGAUUCUACGCCAGCUUUGCUUCAAACAAAUACAGCCAACUCGGUCUAGACGCUUCUCCCGUUAUCGAUGUGGGCUAUAAAAAUACGGUGUUUGGCGUAGACGAGAACUGGUAUCUGAAGAAAAUAUGCACGAUAUUUGGAGACAAUCCACCAAGAGGCUGUACUGAACCGUUCGCCUGCAAUUCCACUUCAGAGUUUAGUCACAGAAAGGGAGUUGCUAGUUUUAAUUGUAAUAGCAUGAAUGACUGCAAUUUGCCUGUGACCGCUGUAACUACGACCGGAAAACCAUAUACGACAGAGAAUAAUAUCUAUCGAUAA